AUGCGUGGAUUUUGCAUUCUUUUGAUUUUCAGUCUUUGCCUUCGAUAUGCCAGCUACGCUUCUCCAGCCACUCAAAAUGAAAAUCAUGCUGUCGAGGUAGGUGGGGAGGACGACGAGGAGGAUUGGUUUAACCUCGACGGUCGUAUCGUUGGUGGUUUGCCCACUUCUAUCCUCUAUUUUCCUUACCAAGUAUCGCUGCAGUACAAAAGCCAGCACAUUUGUGGUGGAGCCAUCAUACGACCCAACGUCAUCAUUACCGCAGCUCACUGCGUUGAGCCAUCGAUGGCGGUGAAUGCAUUCAAAGUGCGUGCCGGCUCUUCGCAACAUGCAUAUGGUGGUCAAUUGCGCACCGUACAACGCAUCUUUAGGCAUGAGGACUACUCUAGUGCUACCUACAAUCACGACGUCGCGCUGUUGCAGCUCGAGCAAGACUUGAUAUAUACGCAAGCGGUGAAACCAGUACAAUUGGCAGAAUUGAAUGCAGUUUUGUCUGCACAAGCGAAGCUGUACGUUAGUGGCUGGGGCCUAACAAGCGAGACGGGCUCUGUUUCAUCGGCGUUGAACUACGUGGAUGUGAAUCUUAUAUACCAAGAGACGUGCAUGCAGAAUUACAAGUACGUUGUGCCCAUCACCGCAGAAAUGUUCUGCGCUGGCUACAGAAAUGGUGGCAAGGACGCUUGUCAGGGUGAUUCCGGUGGCCCGCUGGUCGCGUACUAUCGUGGUGUGGCGAAAUUGUAUGGUAUUGUGUCGUGGGGUGUGGGUUGCGCACAAAAAGAAUAUCCGGGUGUGUAUGCCAAGGUGCCCGCUUUGAGACCGUGGAUUGAUGAGAAGUUGGCGAGUAUUGACAAAUGA